GUAUGGUAUUUCAGCAGGAUCAACGUACCGAGCCAUCUACCUUCAUUCAUCCACACUGCUCCUUCACUCAAUCAACACCACGUCAGUCCUGUUGCACAAACUGUUGCAAUACACGCACUCUGGGAUAACGUGAGGUUGCAUUCUCAAGAACAUGUCACUCCCAUGUACAUUCUCUGGAGCCAAGGUUCGUGCGUGUAUGUCCCACUGAGGCUGAUCCUGAACGAGAGGUCGUCGAUAAUCAUGGAGCACGAGAAACAACAGAUGUUGAAAUCAACUACUUCACCAACAAAAACAUCGCUAUCAACACCGCCGUCAACAACAGCAACAACAACGACGACGACGAUGAUGUCUGAGAAGUUCGGCGUCAGAUUCCACAGCAUAUACAGAGACAUGCUCUAUCUGUCCUUUGUGUCCCUCGGACGCGAAAAUAUUGACGUCGAUGCGUUCGACAAAGAGUACAAGGCCAUGCUCCAGACCUUACCCCCGUACGACACCAACCGUCUGAAAAGGGCCGACCGCACCCCCCACGCCACGGCCGUCAACUGCCGGAAAAUGUUCAGUGAACUGGAAAUAUAG